AUGGCGACGAACGAAACCCCAUGCGUAAAUUUAGAGGAAACCGAAGUGGAAGAAAAUGACGCAGAAUCUGAAUCUAAAGGCAAAAAAGUAGCCAGACACGAUGCAGGGGCCGCAGACCUCGAGAAAGUAACUGAUUAUGUCGAGGAGAAAGAAAUAGCUUCUCAGGAUAUUCAAGAUGCAAUGCGAGUGGUCAGCGACAGACAAAACAAAGAAGCAAAGGCCAAGCAUGAAAAAGAAAAAGAGCUGUCAAAAGUGAAAAUCAAUAAGGAUGACGUGGAUUACAUUGUACAGGAGAUGGAGAUAUCACGAACACAAGCAGAACGUGUCCUAAGAGAAUACAAGGGCAAUAUUGUGGAUGCUUUAGGCUUUUUAACAAAUUAG